AUGACCACGGCAGCUAGUAGUAACUGUAGACCAGAAUUUCAUACUCCGAGUUUAGCUUUAAAAUUGGGUUAUGCUCUUAAGAAAUGUGUGGCUAUUCAGAGAGGCAGUGCUUUAAGAGCAGGAAAUAUGACAAAAAACAAGUCAUUGUUAUCAUUCCUUCAGCUGAUGAAAAUGGAAUGGAGCAUACGAAUAUCUUCCCAUGCUAUAUCCACACUUUACCGAAGAAAAUUGAAUUCCACUCAACUUUUGCCAAUUACGACCGAUUUAGUGAAACUUAGUAAUUAUAUCGAUACAAACAUGUUAAAGGCUAAACAAGAAUUAAUGCAAGACUACACUAAUAAUUAUAAGUGGACACGGCUUGCAACAUUAACUUUAUCUAGAAUAAUAUUGUUUAAUAAACGCAGAUCGGGUGAAGCAGCAAAAAUGAAGCUAACUGAUUAUAUUUCCCGACCAACUUGGGCAGAGCAAAAUACGGACGAAAUAAAAAAUUCUCUCACAAUAAUCGAAAAAAAACUGGCAGAGUCAUUGACAGUAGUGGAAAUUGAAGGGAAACGUGGCAAAAAGGUCCCAGUAAUCCUAACUACAAAUACGAAACAAUGUAUUGAUAUUUUGAUUCAACAUAGAGUUACAUGUGGUAUUUCAAGUCAAAAUGUAUACAUUUUCGCCAGAUCUAAUCCAUCUAGUUCAAAUCUUAGGGGGCAUGAUUGCUUGAAAAAAAUAUGUGAAGAAAUUGAUUUGCAGAAUCCUUCAGCAAUAACGGGAACAAAGUUGCGUAAAUAUGUAGCAACUGUAUGUCAACUAUUUGACAUGUCAGAAAAUCAAUAUGACUGGUUAGCUCGUCACUUAGGUCAUGACAUCAAAGUACAUCGUGAUUUUUACAGAAUGCACGAAAGUGCGAUUGAACUCACCAAAGUAAGUCGAUUGCUUAUAGCUGUUGAUAAAGGUGAAGUGAACAAGUUUGCUGGAAAAUCUAUUGACGAAAUAGAAAUUAAAGUAACCAAAGCAAAAAAGUCCAAAAAGAUUUCCAGAGGUCCAGUUCCAUGGACGAAGCAAGAAAAGGAAGCCGUCUGCAAUUAUUUUAAACUUAAUAUUAAGAAGGGAAUUGUACCAAACAAAAAAGAAUGUGAGAAAUGCAUUGAGCUACAUCCCAUAUUAGUUGAAAGAUUUGGACAACCUGCUGAUCGUGGUGAGCAUGCGCACGUAUUUUGGUACGCAUGUCACCACGAACAGAGGUACGCUUAG